ACAGUAAGAAUUAUGAAGAGUUUGAACUUUGAAGAUAUGCUGGCUAAGAUGUUGGUGUUACUGAUUGUCGCAUCAGCUGUUACAAUGGGCACAGCUGAAUCCCAAUCUCUACCUCCCACCCAACAAGAUGCAGUUCAGAUUCCUGGGUUGUUUCCGCCACUACUACCAGGUCCAUACAAUCCAGAUACCGGGAAAUGUUGGUCAACUCUUGUUGAUAUUGAUGGUUGCAAAGCUGAGAUCUUGAAUUUCCUAUUCACAUUUCAGCUUCGACUAGGUCCUGCGUGUUGCAAAGCUAUUAUUGGCCUCAGUGAAACUUGCUUUCCGGCCGUUUUUGCAUGGGGUUGGGGGUGGGGAAGAGGAAUACCUUUCAACCCUGCUUACCCAGAUGUAGUCAAGGGAUACUGUGCAUCCGUAACUGGAGCAAAAACAUCACCACCAGCUCCUUUUGCUGCUCAUAUGUCUCCAAUUGCCGCAGAUGAAUCCCAACCUCUAGCUCCUGCCCAACUAGAUACAAUUCAGAUGCCUGGGUUGAUUCCACCACUACUACCAGGUCCAUACAAUCCAGAGAUCCAAAAGUGUUGGUCAACUCUUGUAGAUACUGAAGGUUGCAAAGCUGAGAUCUUGAAUUUCCUAUAUACAUUCCAGCUUCGACUGGGUCCUGCAUGUUGCAAAGCUAUAAUUGGCCUCAGUGAAACUUGCUUGCCGGAAGUUUUCUCAUCGGUUUGGGGAUGGGGAAGAGGAAUACCUUUCAACCCUGCUUAUCCGAAUGUUGUCAAGGGAUACUGUGCAUCCAUAACUGGAGAGAAAACAUCAACACCUUUUGAUGUUCAUACGUCUCCACCACCAUCGCCAUAGGUUCAUCUAGGAGCACCCAAACCUGCGUCAGAUGAACCAAUUCUCUAGAGGAGGAUGCGUAAAAUAAAUGCAUAUUUAAUGAAAAAUACUUUUCAAGUCUUUGUGAUUGACGCCUCAUUCUGCUCAAAAAUUUAUUACGUGAUGCGAAUGAAUUUUCCCCAAGUAAUUCAUAU